CUAUUUUGAACACAAAGUUUUGAGUCGUCGACCGUUGCGGACGGAAAUUCAGAUUAGGAUCUGUGUUAAUUUAGUAAAAUAUAAAGUUAACCGCGCGUUCCGUAAUUCCACUCACACACAUACCAACACCCAAGCAGCAGCAGUAGCCGCAGCGGAUUAAAACUUCGUCACUCUAGCAACAAACAGAAAAAAAAAACACCUACAAAAAUGGCCGAUCAGCUGACAGAGGAACAGAUCGCCGAGUUCAAAGAGGCAUUCUCGCUAUUCGACAAAGACGGCGAUGGCACCAUCACAACAAAGGAGUUGGGCACAGUUAUGCGCUCCCUGGGCCAGAAUCCCACAGAGGCCGAGCUGCAGGACAUGAUCAACGAGGUUGAUGCCGACGGCAACGGCACAAUUGACUUCCCUGAAUUCCUUACCAUGAUGGCACGCAAAAUGAAGGACACCGAUAGCGAAGAGGAGAUCCGAGAAGCCUUCAGAGUGUUCGACAAGGAUGGCAACGGCUUCAUCUCGGCGGCCGAGUUGCGUCACGUGAUGACAAAUCUGGGCGAGAAACUCACAGACGAGGAGGUCGAUGAGAUGAUCCGGGAGGCUGAUAUCGAUGGCGACGGUCAGGUCAAUUACGAAGAAUUCGUGACUAUGAUGACAUCGAAGUGAAGCGUUAAAUUAUUUCUUUUUAAGCCUUUCUAUUUUUUUAAGAUGUUGACGAAGACUGUAGCUGUGCGCAAUAACAUCGCGCCACGCUGUUGCUAUGGACCCCAGUAAAAGAUCUUAAAAAAAAAACAACAAAAAAAAACAACAACAAACAACAAAGAGUUAAGCAAAAAACAACCAACAUAAAGGAGAAUAAGAAGCAAAAAACCAUUUAAGAAACUUUAAAACAAAUAAAAAACUUACACAUCUAAAAAAAUGCAAAAGCAAAUGAAAAUUUAAACAAGCGAAAAUGAAACAACCGAAUUGAAUUCAAAGGUAAAGAAUUUCAUUAAACUGAGCGAGAUGUUGAACGAGAGGGAAAACAACAUAAUUUUAAUGCAACAACAAACAACAACCAAGCAGCAUACUUAAUGAAGUCACCGUUUAAAACCACAAACCAACUACAACUACAACAAGAACAACCAGCAGCAACAAACAAGAGUCGCAUGUUAUCGUUUCGAGCAACAAGAACAACAAGUCUAUCACUACACUUAAACAAAAUGAGGAGCGAGAAGAAGACGAGCAAGCAGAGGGAGAAGCAAGAAGCAGCAGCAGCAUCCACCAGUAUUGCCGAAAGAUGGCGCCCAUGGCGCACUAAGGUCAGCGCGCCACCUGGCGACGGCGGCUCGCACCGGCUGCAUUUUGUUUGACAGUUUUCCACUAAGAAGUAAAAAAAAAGAAAAUAAUGAAAACCCCCCACUCUGUAAGCUAGCAAAUUGUGUUUAAAGUAUAAUGAAAAAAUUGUCGAUUUCGUUGCGAGAAAGAAUAAAAAUAAAAGCUAAACAAACAACAAAUAAAAAUAAAAAUACAAAUAAAACAAAAACUGUUAAAGAAAACUAUUUGAAAUUUUUGCAAACUGGCAAAGUUUAUAUAGACACGCUACACGAACACACUCUCAUACACACAUACACCACACACACACAUUUACACCCCCACACACAGACAUGUCAGAAAACCAGAAAUAAAAUAUAUUAUAAAUACAACAUAUAUAUAUUAUAAAUAAUGUAAAAUCAAACAACAACAAAUUCUUCUUAUUAAAUUAUAUUUAAAUUUAAAAUUAAUAAAUAUAAAAAAUAAAACAAAUAAAAAUUACAAAAAAAAAAAACAAAGAAACCAACUACAAAUACAUUUUCGAUAUAAAAUUAAAUUAAAAACCAAAAAUGUGGCGCGCAGCAGAAGAUGAGGCAUAUUUUUGGGGGCUGUACGAGGACCAGCAGGACCGCAGUCCAAAAGGUCCUUGAAAGGCAGCUUUUUUGUCGGUACUAUUUGUAGCAAACUUAAGCGACACCACACGGCGAUCUGAAUAUAUAUAUAUAUAUAUAUAUUUAAAAAUAUGUGUAUAUGAGCAGAUUUAACAUUGAACAAUGCAAACGCCACAAAAACAACAGCAACACAUUUCUCUAGUACUUAAGCGGCAGCAAAAAGAAAGCAAGCAGUAAACCGAAUAUUAUUAUUACAAAUAUAAAUAUGAAGGAACUCUAUACAUAUAUAUAUAUACAUAUAAAUACCUAAUGUACUUAAUGCAACAGGAAAACCAAGUCUAAAGUAAUAUAAUUUUAUUAUAAAGAAAUAUAAAAUUAAAUAUUUAUACGCGAGACGAAGCGGAGGAAGAGCUGGACGAAGAAGCAAGGAGAAGAUUUCAUCAAACACACACAUAUAUAAAAAGGAAAAGGACGAAGUAUGGAGGAGCAGCAGGACCAACGCAGAAGGCUCCCGCGAAGGAAGAAGACGACGACUCUUAACAGCAGGAGGCGAUGUGGCGAAUCGGCGUUUCAGCAUCGGAACAGUUAUAUAUAUUAACGUAUAUAUAUAUAUAUAUUUAUAAAUAAAUUAUACAUAUGAAUUAAACUAGCUAAAUGCAAAGACAAUUGUCUUAAGUGUAAGCAAAUCACGCGUGGAUUCAAGACGAAAACCAAAGCAAAGUUUAGACAAAAGCGAGAAGGCUAGCUAAGCGUAACUAAAAUUAAAUAUGAAUAUACGAACCUAAUGGUGUAAGUCGAAGUUAGAGCAACAACUGCAAUUGCAACUGCAACAAUUCCUGGCACCACAGCAGCAACCGCAAGCUUUAACCCAUCCGCUCUGCCUCCACCACACCACCCGACUAACCAAUCUAACUAUCUGUCUAACUAGCUUGUCUAUCUAUCUGUCUAACCAACUAUCUUUUCCUCUGUAUCCACUGCUGCCUAGUUAACGUGUUAGCCAACUACCAACUGAUAACUGAUAGUGAAAUGAAAGUCUGCGCGAGCAAUGCUAACUAAAACGCACUCGAUAUUUGGUUUUAAUUUAAUUUCAUAUCGAAAACCCUGUUUCCUUUUCUCAACUGUAACGAACGUGUCGUGAUGUCGUGCUGUCUUCUAAACGAUCUAUCCAUACACCAUUCAGUCCCAUCCGAACCCACCCACACCUCACGCCAUCUCCGAUCUUUCCCAUGCUAACUCUAACUCUUCUCCACUGCAAAAAAAAACUGUGUUUAACUGUGAGUAUAACUUGACAAGGCAGGAACACCAAGGCAACCACUGCGUGUUUUCCACGGCAGAAUUCCUUUGUUUUUGCUUGACUUUGGAGGGAAAGCUCUGAAGGGCAACGACAAAAUUUGAAUAAAACACCAUUUGCGCUAACGAUAAAAAAAAGAAAAAUCAACCAAAAAAAAAAAACAACACUUUUCUAUAACUUUUUUUAACAAACAAAACAAAAAGAAGAGAACAUUUUGUAGCGAAAUUUGUGCAAUGUUUUAAAGAAAUGAAAAUUUAACUCUAAUCAAUUGACACAGACGAAUUUUUCUAAUCCCAACAAAAAAAAAAAACAAAAAAACAGUCGAAUCUAAAUGAAUAUGUAAACUUUUUGAACGGUCACUUUUCCAGGAAUGUAGGCACUCCGAAUUUUCCCCGUUUCAAAAAAAUCUCGAAUCAUGCGGCAUUUCCAAUUCAAAUUGGUUGCUGAAGUGCGUCAGUUGUGGCAUUGGAGGCCAGAUUCACACAGAUUCUCGAUUUCCAAUUCAAAACUUGCAUAAAUAUUUAUCUUCGUUUGCAUAGAAGCCAGAGUCAAAGAAAUGGAAAGCAAAAUAACCGAAACAGAAGCAAACUUGUUAAAAUAUGCUAAAAGUGUUUAGCAAAUUACAAUAUUUUGACAGGCACAAAGAAACCAAACAACAAACUUGCGCCUCUAUCUACAUAUAUAUAUAUGCAAGCAAAUAUAUAUAAAUAUAUAUGAAUAAAGCUAUAUACAAGUUAUAUUUACGAAUAUUGUAAAAAUUGCAAAAACCGAUGAAGAAAAACUAUAAGCAUCAACAAGCGAAACAAACAAGAACAUACAGAAAUUUCUUUGAAAAAAUACACAAACAUUUUAAAAACCUCGAACAAAAAAAAAACCAAAAUUGUCGUUUUCUUUUCACGCAAAUUUUCCUGGAUUGGCUUACAUUCUCACAGACACACCGAUCAGUCAUCACCAACGCUUAGUAUUGGUCCGAUUCGGCCCCCAAGGAUAUGCUAUCCAACUCUAAUGGAUCUUGGAUCCAUGAGCUCCACGAGUCAAGUUGAUUUAUAGAUUAAGUACAGCCGUCGGUUUGCCAAGGAUGUCGAUUCAAUCCAAUCCGAUCUGAUCCCAAUGGUUGGACUGCGGCCAGCCAAGGACACCGGGAACCAGCAAACGGAAGCUCCACGAUCCGGGAGAUUUGCCCCACUGUAUGCCGAUAAGAAUUUAACAAGUUAUACAUUGAAUGUAUGCACUUAAACCACCUAUUAAGAGAUUUCAUCGCAAUGAAGAAAACCUAGGAAUAUAUGUAUAGCGAAUGUGCAAGUUAUUCUUGAUGUCCAGUAUACCAACCAUAUACCAUAACCAAGUGUACCUUUAAGCCAGGCAAGUAGAAGGCCCAUUCCUGCACCCAAGUUUCCUCGUUUUGAUUCGGAAUCGCACUUGAAUGUCUAUGAGAUUAACCGAUUUCCACGAAUAAUCACAAAUAUAUUUUCAAAUACUAUGGAUGUUAGUCUUGUCAUAGAUGAAAUGCGUCAAAUGCAAAUGUAGGCCUUGAAUGAACUCAAUUUAUUAAUGGUAUACAACAGUAUAUACGGAUAUUAGAGGACAUACUCAUAUUAAUUAGAUUUAUUGCGCUUAGAAAAUUAUAAAUCAAUGUAUACAGCUAAGUGAUAGUUGAAGCUGGAACUUUGUUUUUUCACUGAUUUGUAAUGAAUUUGUAUCGGAAAAUAAGUUGUAUAGAUUUUUUUAUUUAAAAUACCAUUUUCCUUGACAGCCGAAAAGUAUACAUGUAUUUUUAUCUAUCACUAUCACCCAUACUCAGACACCACACAUACACUGAAAACAAUUUCCGAGUUUUUUGCAAAACAAAUUUGUUGUGGACUGCGAUUAAGUGGAACCAUUCGAAAAGAAGAACAAACAUAGCAGCUACAGCGCUCCGAGACAUCGACUAAAAUUUGAGAUAUAUACGAAAAUGUUCUAAGUUUAAGCAAGCAAAAUGUUAAACAUUAUAUAUCAAAAUACGAAAUAUCCAAAGCUUUACCUACCAAAAUGGGCAUGCAACUGUGCGGCAGCAGGCAUUAACUGUAGCAAUGCAAGAUCACCUAAUCAAAACCAGUAACUAAAUUUCAUCCGCAGGACAACAACUGACUCUAUAUAAACGAACUGUAAUUUUCUAAGCUAUAAAUUGUAAUUAAUCUAAAUGAGUAUGAAUUUCCAAGAGGCAAACUGUAAAACUGAUUAUACCAACCAACCUUGAGACAUGAUUAAAUAGAACAAUCCGGUGGGCAAGGUGACAAGUAUUAUAGGGUAUCACCACUACCCAAAACAAUCUGCGCAGCAAAUGCAAAUGCGAAAUGCAAUACCAAUUCCAUUAACGUAAAUCUGUGUAAUCGGAAGCGAAAUCCAGAGAAAAAGGAAACGAAUAUAAAAAAAAAACAUUUUAAUAAUUCUAUUCUACUUAACAGGAAAAAGAAACUAAAUAAAGACAAAAGCAGAAUAUACAAUUU